AUGGAAAAAAUAAAGACCAGUCUAAGUAUUGGUGAAAACGAAAUGACAACAAUUUCUGAAGAAGAGGAAAACUUCGUCAGGAUGAACUUGUUGCUAACUGGAAUUUCCACUCGUGCAGUACGAGUUUUGUUUAACAAUGAAUUUCAUCCAUCAAAUUUAGAUGUUACUAUUAAGAAAGAAAUCUACAAACUGAAUGACCUGAAAAAGAAAAAAAUAAUCAACCAACCACAGUGGGAAUUUCUGUUUCCACGCAAUAGUGUUCCAGAUUCAAACAUGUUUGAUAUAACUUUGAUGAUAACAUUACUUACAAACCUUACUGGGUUGAACCAUUAUGACAAGUUGCCAUUGGUUACAGACACCACACCAGCAGCUGAUUUGGGGAGGAUGAAAUACUAUAGAAACCACAUAUCACACAAUAAAGACGGCAAGUUAGAAAACACAUUUUUCAGCAUAGCAUGGAAUGAUAUUAUUGAGGCUGUUUAUAGACUAGGUGGCCAAAGUAUGCUUGAUGAAUGCAAAGAGUUAAGGACAAAAAUAUUGGACCAGUCGACUGUACCUUGGAACAUAAGAGAUCAAAUCAGUAAGACAUUGAAAGCAUGGAAACUGAUGAAUUUCAAAUUUGUUGGAACAAAGGCUUCGCAGUAUGUUUUUGAAUGUUUACAGAAACACAGAUGUGUAACAAUUACAGCAAGUUCUGGUGUUGGAAAGACAGCAACUCUACGACAUGUGGCAAUACAAAUGGAAGAUGAAGGAUACAAUGUUCUAUUAGUAACAACUCCAUGUGAUAUAGUAAAGUUUAACAAUCCAAAUAAAAAAAAUCUGUUCGUUAUGGAUGACUUUUGUGGAACUUAUUCUAUCAAUCAAACUGACCUGAAUAUAUUGGAACCUGUCAUGGAAAGUAUCAAAGAUAUAUUGAUCCGAAAUAAAACAACAAAAAUCAUUGUAGCAUGUCGACUACAAGUUUACCAAGAUAACAAAUUUGAAUCGUUGUCACUUUUCAGGACAUGUGUAUGUAACCUUCAAUCAAAAGAAUUGUGUUUAUCACAAACAGAGAAACAGUCAAUAGCAGAACAAUAUAUUGACAUAAAAAGUUCAAACAUAAGUAUGGACUGUGUAUAUGAUUGUUUUCCACUUCUUUGUAAAUUGUAUAGUAGCAUUUCAAAUUCUAACAUAACAGAUUUCUUUCAGUAUCCAUUUUCAGUUUUUGAAUUAGAGAUUGACAAGUUGCAUAAAAAUGGACAUUUUGGAAAAUAUUGCGCCUUGGCUCUGUGUGUCAUGUUUAACAACAGACUGGAAGAGGAAUGGUUUACAGAUGAAACAGAUAAAGAAAUAAAAAUAAGAAUAACGAACACAUAUGAGGCUUGUAAGCUGAACAGAGGAACAUCUCGACUUACCUUAUUAGAUGAAAUGAAGUCUCUCAUACAUACAUUCAUGAUAAAAGAACAAGACGUAUAUACUUGUAUACAUGGUAAAAUAUUUGACUUUCUGACAUAUUAUUUUGGAAAAAAUAUGAUCCAGUGUGUGAUCAAAAAUGCAGACAGUCGGGUUAUUAGUCAGAGACUGUUAUUAGAAAAAAGAGGUAAUAUCGAACAGUUUAUCACAGUUGUACCAUUUGAAUACCACCAAAUGUACAGGGAGAGAAUACUUUAUGACUGGUCUAAAGGAAGGGUGCAACAUGUGUUUAAUAAUAUCAAUUUGAAGAUACAAGAGAUCAGACAGAGAUUUCUCUGUUAUUUAAAAGCAUUAGAUAUUUCUUCCCAGAGGCAAUUAGCACUAACCUGUGAUGUUGAUUACAAAGACACUGUUUUGUUACAAUGUUGUAGCUUAGGUGAUAUUCCAUUGAUCACUUGGUGUAUCCAUCAUGGUGUUGAUCCUAACCAGUGCAACGUUAGUGGAGAGAGUCCUUUAUUUGUUAGUGUUCAAGAAGGCCAUACAGAUGUAGUGGAGUUAUUACUGGAUAACAAGGUAGACAUAAAUAAGUGUGAAAACCACGAAAUAUCUCCUUUGUUUAUUGCUUGUAAUAAAAACAGCAUAGAGAUUGUGAAACUAUUACUUGCCAAAAACGCAAACAUUGACAAAUGUAGAGAUAAUGGAGAAUCACCAUUAUUUGGUGCGUGUCGUAAUAAUAAUGUAGAUGUUAUAAAACUGUUGCUGGACAAAAAAGCAGAUAUUGACAAGUUUACCGACGAGGGAGUAUCUCCAUUGUUAAUUGCAUGUCAAAAUAAUCAUAUAGAGACUUUAAAGUUGUUAAUUGACAACAAGGCAAAUAUUUUAAAGUGUGCAGAUAAUAAAGCGUCUCCUCUGUAUAUGGCUUGUCAGAAUAACCACAUAGAGAUAGUUAAGCUAUUACUGGACAACAAGGCAGAAAUAAAUCGGCCUUUAGAUGAUAGAGCAUCUCCUUUGUUUUCUGCUUUUCAAAAUAAUAACAAAAAGAUAUUAAAAAAUAUACAGGACAACAACACAAACAUUAAUAUGUGUUGA